CUCAGACACGUUGUGCUGCUGGAGCACUCGUUCAGGAGCUGUACGCGUCCCGACUCCUGCCACUGGAAAAGUAACUUCUGUUACGAGCAACAUUACCGUUCAGUUGGGGAAAUAGUAACAGUUGAGCAAAAUAAUGCUUUAAAAUGCGUCCACUAGAAAAUGCGAGAUUUACGAAGAGAACUCUGUUUUGGGAAGUGGGAAUCGUCUAUCUUGUGUUGAUCAGCGUGGUGUGUUGUUCCGUAUCGGAGAGGAAAGUAUGUCAGGGAACCAGUAAUAAGCUCACACUGCUGGCACAGCCAGACGACCACUACAAGACCAUGGUACGAAUGUACAGUAAUUGUACAGUAGUGCUGGAAAACCUGGAGAUAACGUACAUUCAGGAGUACCAUGACCUCUCCUUUCUUAGGAGCAUCGAGGAAGUCGGUGGCUACGUUCUAAUAGGACUAAACUAUGUGGAUGUGAUUCCCUUGGAAAACCUGCGCCUCAUUCGCGGACAUUCUCUCUUCAAGAACAAGUACGCUCUUGCUGUGAUGUCAAACUAUCACAGGAAUGAUUCUUCGGAGAAUGGCAGUAUCAUCAGUGGACUGAGAGAACUGACACUAAGAAACCUAACAGAAAUUCUCAAAGGUGGAGUUAAAAUAGCUCAUAAUCCUAUGCUGUGCAAUGUGGAGACCAUACAGUGGUUGGACAUUGUAGAGGGGAAAAAUGAUGUGAAUGUUUCGGAUGGGACUGGUCCUCAUUGCAGACGAUGUGACGCGGCAUGCUUCAAUGGAUCGUGUUGGGCUCCAGGACCAGAGAACUGCCAGACUUUAACUCGGUUAAAUUGUGCUGAGCAGUGCUCACGGAGGUGCAAGGGGCCCAAACCCAUGGACUGCUGUAAUGAACACUGUGCUGCGGGCUGCACCGGACCCAAACCCACAGACUGUCUGGCCUGCAGAGACUUCCAAGAUGAGGGGACGUGUAAGGAUGCGUGUCCUCGUCUUAUGCUGUACAACCCAAACACUCACCAACUCGUUCACAACCCUGACGGGAAGUACAACUUUGGAGCCACCUGCGUGAAGAGAUGCCCUUACAACUUUGUGGUGACAGAUCACGAUGCUUGCGUUCAAACCUGCAGUGGUAAUAUGCAUGAAGUGGAGGAGGACGGAAUAAGGAAGUGCAAAAUAUGUGAUGGCUUGUGCCCAAAAGUAUGCAAUGGCCUUGGAAUGGGAGCUCUUGCAAAUGUCAUGUCGAUCAACGCGACUAACAUCGAUUCUUUCAUAAACUGCACCAAAAUAAAUGGCCAUAUUAAAAUAAUGCAGACAACUUUUCAAGGGGACGUAUUUACAAAUACUUCAAGCAUGGAUCCUGUGAAACUCGACUAUUUCAAGACAGUGAAGGAAAUUUCAGGGUUUCUGUUAAUUCAAGACUGGCCUGAACAUCUCAAGUCACUCAGCACCUUUGGGAAUCUGGAGAUCAUCAGAGGAAGAACCAAACAUCUGGGCACCGUCAGUUUUGCUGCCUUGAAUAUUCCACACCUGGAGUAUCUCGGCCUGCACUCGCUAAAGGAGAUCAGUGAUGGUGAUGUUGUCAUUAAGAACAACCGGCGCCUCUGUUAUGUUAACGGCAGCUACUGGCAGAAGCUGUUUAGAUCAGAGAAACAGUGGAUACGAAAUGGCAACAACGCAGCAAAGGAGAGCUGUGAGCAGCAGAACAGGACCUGUGACAGUAUGUGUGGAGGGGAAGGCUGCUGGGGCCCAGGGCCGUCCAUGUGUAUUUCCUGUCAGCACGUCAGCCGUGAGGGGCGCUGUGUCAGUCACUGCAACCUGCUGGAAGGAUUGCCCCGAGAUUACAUGUCAGAGAACACAUGUUUGGAAUGUAACCCCGAAUGCAAGAUUCUGAACGGGACUGAAAGCUGCCAUGGCCCAGGAGCUGAUCAGUGUACUGAGUGUGCUCACUUCAAAGAUGGGCCACACUGCGUUGCUCUGUGUGCCCAAGGCGUGCCAGGCCUUAAUAACCGACAUGUUUGGACGUACGCAGACAAAAAACGACAGUGCCAGCUGUGUCAUGCAAACUGUACCCAAGGGUGCAGUGGACCAGGACUGGAGGGUUGUGAACCUAAAGGUUCUCACAUCCCUGUGGUGGCAGCUGGCGUAGUCGGUGGGAUGCUUCUGAUCAUGGUCCUCCUCCUCUUCAUCUUCGUCAUCUUCCGCAGACGAUACAUCCGGCGGAAGAGAACCCUACGGCGCCUCCUACAGGAGAGAGAGUUGGUCGAACCUCUGACUCCCAGUGGUGAAGCACCCAAUCAGGCUCUCCUACGCAUCCUAAAGGAAACAGAAUUUAAGAAAAUCAAAGUUCUUGGGUCUGGAGCAUUUGGCACUGUCUUUAAGGGUUUGUGGAUCCCUGAAGGUGAGGAUGUGAAAAUUCCUGUUGCUAUCAAAGUUUUGAGGGAGAUGACGUCUCCCAAAGCUAACAAAGAGAUUUUGGAUGAGGCCUAUGUGAUGGCCAGUGUUGAUCACUCUCAUGUAUGUCGACUGUUGGGAAUAUGCCUCACGUCCAACAUCCAACUCAUAACCCAGAUUAUGCCGUUUGGCUGCCUGCUGGAUUACGUUCGAGAGAAUAAAGACAAUAUCGGUUCACAAACACUGUUAAACUGGUGCGUGCAGAUUGCCAAGGGAAUGAACUACUUAGAGGAACGUCGCCUGGUCCAUCGUGAUUUAGCGGCCAGGAAUGUGCUGGUGAAGACUCCUAACCAUGUGAAGAUCACUGAUUUUGGCCUGGCCAGACUGCUGGGUGCAGAAGAGAAAGAAUACCAUUCUGAUGGAGGGAAAGUGCCUAUAAAGUGGAUGGCACUAGAGUCUAUUCUUCACUGGACGUACACUCACCAAAGUGACGUUUGGAGUUAUGGGGUCACUGUGUGGGAGUUGAUGACAUUUGGAUCCAAACCAUAUGACGGAAUCCCAGCAAGUGAGAUCGCAGAUAUUCUGGAGAAGGGAGAGCGUUUACCGCAGCCUUCUAUUUGCACUAUAGAUGUGUACAUGAUCAUGGUCAAAUGUUGGAUGAUAGAUGCGGACAGCAGACCUCACUUUCGGGAACUUAUAUCCGAGUUCUCAAAAAUGGCUCGAGAUCCAUCUCGCUACCUUGUCAUUCAGGGUGACGAGCACAUGCACCAGCCCAGCCCGACAGAUUCUACGUUCUACAGGUCCCUAAUCAGUACAGAAGAUAUGGAUGGUGUUGUGGAUGCAGAGGAGUACCUGCUACCCAACAAAAGAUUCUUCAAUGGAUCUCAACGAGCCGAGUCUCAAUGUCACAAUGCAACAACAGAUGACUACACAAACAGACUGAUUUUGCGCUACAUUACGGAUCCAACACAGAAAGACAUCAUGUUGCCAGAAUACAUGAACCAAGAUGUUACCACUCCGAGCAAUAUGAUAAACCCAAACUACGAGAGAGAUGGAGAGGUGGAGAAUGGCUACAUCGACACCUACGGCAGUAAACCAGAGGGGCCGGAGUACCUGAACACUGCCUGUGCUACUCUCCCCUGCUCCCCAUGUCCUCAUCUCGACAACCCAGAUUACCAGCAGACCUUUCUGCCCUCUCCCGACACCAGUGUUCUUUUCCUGCCCGCAGCAGAGAACUUUAGGUACCUUGGGCUCAGCACAGCACUACAGUCCCAUGUGCGUUAAACAGGGAAAUAAAUUAUGAAUUGCACUGCUUGAAAUUCUGACAGUCCACACAACAUGUGUUCAUAUUGCAGCUACUGUGAGAAAAUCAACAAGUCUGAAUUUACACGUCGUUGUGAGGACGUUAUUCAAAAUAUGCUUGAAGCCAACUGCAGUAAUUAAUUUGUUCUUAUAAGGAGGUGUGGUUGUUUAGACAUUAAGCUGUGAGUAUUGUGUUGAAUGUUAAGCCAGAAUCCAUUUCAAUAUUUUUAAUAGCUUUUAAUAGUUAGGGUCAUUUAUAAUGUGAGUAAUACACUGCAAAGUAUGAUAAAAAUAGGACGUGGGAUAUUAAGUGUUGUUUACACAGAAAUCUUAAAGGAAUAUUCCGGGUUCAAUACAAAGUUAAGGUCAAUUAACAGCAUUUGUGGAAUAAUGUUGAUUAACACAAAAAUGUAUAUAGACUUACAUUUAUGCAUUUGGCAGACGCUUUUAUCCAAAGCGACUUACAGUGCACUUAUUACAGGGACAAUCCCCCCGGAGCAACCUGGAGUUAAGUGCCUUACUCAAGGACACAAUGGUGGUGGCUGUGGGGAUCGAACCAGUGACCUUCUGAUUAACAGUUAUGUGCUUUAGCCCACUACGCCACUACCACUCACACUUGUCCCUAAAAGAAAGAAUCUGGGUUACAGUGAGGCACUUACAAUGGAGGUGAUUGGGACCAAUCUGUAAACGUUCAAAAUACUCUGUUUCAAAGGUAUAGCCAAAAGAUUUAAACAAUAUGCGUUAACAUGAUAUUAGUGUGAUAAAAUCACUUACUGACCUUUUCUGUGUAAAGUUACAUCCAAUUUUACAACUCUGUUGCCAUGACGACAUAAAGCCGUAAUCCCACAAUAAACCCGGAAUAUUCUUUUAACAAAAUGUAGUGAUGUUUAUGCUUAAAACAAGAAAAACUAUUUCCAACGGGAUAUGAAAAAUGUGGAAACCCUCACUAAAUUUAGUUUGAUUUCUCUGUAGAUUAAACUUAUUAUCUAGCAUAAUUUUGCUUCUGAAAAUAGCCUACGUCUUGUUUUAAGGAUGUUUACCUAUGUUUGCUGGAAAACAGAACAGAAUUAAUAGGUGAGGAAAUACUUUUUUUGCCUUUAAUGAAUGUUGUCUUUAGAAAUAGCAGAACUUAAUUUAUUGAAGCAGGAUCCCAAGAGAGACUCUAAUGACAUAAUUAACACAUGUUUGGUUUCUUUUAUAAAGGGUAUUCUUGACAAUUGUUCCAUAAUAUGUACCUGUGAAAGAACAUGAUAUUAUCAGUUUAAGAAUACACUUUAAACUGCAUACUUGUAAAUACAUCAAUAUAAAUUGGAAUAUCAACAGUUAGAAAAUGUAAACAUGUCCACAAAACCUAAAAUACAUUUAUUUAUAGGCCACACAAUACAUACUGUAAAUGCAAACCCUGAUCGUACACUUGGACUGCACUUAAUGGAAAGAUCUGCAUGACAAAAAUAAAUCUUUCAUAUUACUGGUGACCACCGUACACAUUUGGUUUUAAUAAUUCACAAACUGGGGCCUUGAAACACUCUACACUAACCUUCAACUAACAAUGGAGGGGGGGAAAGCCUUUUUGAUGUUGCAUUUUUAACCUAAAAAGCUCCUUCAGUACGUUUUCAUCCUGAUUUAUAGAGCGGAGUUGACAAAUCAGACCGCUUGUUUCCCUGCUAGUAUGCACUUCUCAUACAAAUGACUCAUAAAUGUCAGAAUUACAAAUAACAGGCCAUUCUAAAAUUUUGAACUCCUGCAGGAUCCAACUUGAAGGUUAUUGAAGGUUCUUACUGAGUUUCUUCAGUUGAUUUUUACAAGGCAAUGAAUUAUAAAAUGUUCAGAAAAUGCUGAAUAUAUUCAAAAAGUACUUUUGAAUCACAUUUUUGGAUAGUCGACAUUUGGAGAGUGUCCUGCAGGGUGACACGUACACUUUAGAUUCAUUUUAUUAUUAUAAUGCACUUUUAGAACGUUUAUAAUGUGAUUUAGAAGAGUGAGAAAAGAACUGUUGACCUGCAACAGCACCAAAAUCAUAAAUGUAUUUGUUGUACAUAUGUGUACAUUUUAACCUCGCAUUUUGAUGUUUACAAAAAAGUUGAUAUCCAUUUAUUUCUCAACUACACUUUUGCAAAUUGUUGUAUUUUAAACAACAAACCAAACAAAACACUGUAUUUAAAUGCAACAUAAAUGACAGUGAAAUCUGAUCCAAUUUGGUUUGCAUCCCAUUUGAGAUGAUAAAGAAGUCAGCAUCAAUUUAGUAUGUAAAUGUACUAAUAUUUCAAGUUGCACAAGUAUACUGUACUUUUCUGUAGAAAGCACCUGUGAAUGUCAAUCUUUUUGUCCGAUCCUACAUGUAGGAAUUUAGGAAUGUAAUUAUGGUUUAAUUCUGUAUGGAUUCUUUGUUACAUGGCAGUGUUAUUAAAUUGUGUUGAAAUGUGAAAAUGCAGCCUUGUGAAUUGGAACCAAUUCCAUAAACCUGUUUAGAAACACCCCUUGGCACAAUGUCUAUGAUGUAAGAUAACCCAAGGAAGUGUAAUUUGACAGAAUGCAGUAGCAAGUUUCCAGUAGCAUACAUAAACAUCUAAUUACCAAUCCUAAAAGAUUUGUGGUUGGUAUUGUUGAUUCAUUUCUGAGUAUUAUAACCAUGCCAUAUAACUACUGUUGAGUUUCCGCAUGUUUCAAAUAAUAGCCUCGACUUGCUCCAGUAGCCUAGUCUGUAACGUUGUAAUUUUCUUUGCUGUAAGUUGAAAAACCUGCAUAUAAAGGAAUAAAUAAUAUUAACAUAAUAUGUAUUACACUGUAAAAGCUAGACAUUUCUUUUUAAAUUAUAUACACAAUCAACAUUCACAUACAGAAGUUGAGCACUAUGUUGUGAGGUGGCCUAAGCACAUGCUUAAUUAAAAUUGGCCGAUAUUAUUAUUUGUCCAUUCUAAGACCAAUUUGUAAAUACUGUAUCAUUCAAGACACUAUUGCAAACUUCAUGGUUGAAACAAGUUCAUAAUCUCUUCUAAGACACAUCAAAACUGGAUUCUUUCAAGUGUUUGUGGAUGAAAGCUUCACAUUUUGAUACUUGUUGGUAUUUAGAAAUACCGUGAUGCAGUUUCUUCCAGGCUUCAACCAUCAAUUGAUCUGGCAGGAGAGUUUGGCACAUUCCCAGACCGACAUUUCGCUCACCAGAACUUCAUACAGUGGCUGGUGUCAUCAAAGCGUUCGCUCCAAAUACUUGUUUAAAGAAGGUCACAUGCUCCUC